AUGGCGGCCCCGCCCCUCAGCACGUCGGCCGUGCUCGAGCGCAUGGCCUCGGCCCUCCCCGCCCACGCCGUGGGCGACGACUCGUCCGACCUGGCCAGCUCCUACGAGGCCGUGGCCCUGCUCAUCCACGCCUACCUCGCCGCCCUCGACUUUGUCCUCUACGGCCUCGACGAGGACAAGCCCCUGUCCGCCGACGACCGCGCCCGCGCCCCCCGCCUGCCCCCGCAGUGGAACGCCCGCUUCGGCGCCCUCGGCUUCGUCUACUCGCACAAGCAGUCGUCGAUGCGCUUCGUCUUCCGCGUCGACCGCAUGGGCGGCAAGGUCGAGGUCCGCGGCCUCGCCGUCGGCGACGACCGUAUUCACCGCUUCGAGCGCAACGUCCGCGACGUCGUCCGCGCUGACGCCUUGCCCGUGCGCAUCGCCCUGACGGAUCACGGAAGCGAGGACCGCGCCGGCUUGGUGGAUAAGCUGCGCGGCGCCUUUGUCUCGGAGCAGGCUAUUGCCGACGUCCUGCACGACCUCAAGGUCCACAUCGUCCAGAAGCUCAUCCCCAAGCUCCAAAAGGAGGGCUACGUCGAGGAAGCUCGAGACCCCCGCCGCCCCUUCCGCGGCGACCCCGAGCCCAACGCUCCCUAUCCGCACCCGGGCCUCCUGCCCGACCUGGCCCGGCCCCGGCCCGGCUCCCCCGUCGGCGACUUUCCGCCCCCGGGCUUCGAGGACGAGCACGAGAUAAACCACCCGCCCCGCGGCGGCGGCGGCAUCGUCCUUCCCGACGGCCGCUCGCCUUUCAACAUCGGCCACGACGACCUCAACCCGCCCGGCCUGGGCCCCCACGACCCCCUCAGGGGUUCCUUCACCGGCGGCGGCGCCCGUCUCCCCCGCCCCGGCGGCCCUGCAGGGAUGCAUCCCACAUUUGACGAUCCCCUCUUCGGCGGCCAGGGCGGCGACGGCUUCGGCGACGGCGGCGGAUUCGACCCGCAAGCACCGCCGGGAGCGCGCUGGGACCCCAUUGGGCCCGGUGGGGGUCCGCGCUUUGGCGGCCCGGGCAGCGGCCGGUUUGGAGGCGGAGGUGGCGGCUUCGGCGGCGGCGGGGGACACAUCAUCUAG